GUUUCCCCACAUGUCUUUUUUGGAGAGAGAGAGAGAGAGCCAAGUGAGUGCUUUGGUGGGAUGAUUACGACGUAAAAAAUAGGAACAAAAUCAAUUAACAAGAGACAAAAGUAGUGGGGUUUUUGUUACUGCAAUUACCAGAAAGCUCAUCUUUUUUCCCCCAUUUUUAGGGUUUUUGAAAGCACGAGUGUUUUCUGGGUUAAUCGUUUUCAGUAUCUUCAAUGCGCUUAUAAUGCAGAUUUGAAGACCCUUUUGCCUUUUUCUUCAAUACCCCAAUGUUCUCAGCUCUGCUCAAAAGUUGAAAAUUGUUGUUUUUAGUGCAUUUUUUUGGAUGUGUUUCCAAAGUACUUGAAACUUUAGCCCUCUGUCCCCAAAAGCUUGAAGCUUUCUAAAGGGAUAGUUUUCACUCGCAAACGCCAGAAUUCCAUGUUAAGGAAAUGCUGACCUUUCCUAUGGUUAGAUCUCCAUAAGCGACUCAUUCCUUGCUGUUCCCUUCGUCAUUUGUCGGCUUUGCUAAUCUCCCGUCUGUAUAUUUGCUUCUAAGGCCUCUGAGAUUUCCAGGUGGGCAUAUCUUGUUAAGAGCUCGGUGUUCUUGCUCUCUUUUGUGCUUAAACUCAUUGGGUUGCUGUUUCUGCUCCCGGAUGCUGUAUAACCUAGAGCAUUUUCUUUAAAUUCCAACUUGAAUAGUUGUUUUGGUUCGUGGAUAGUAACAUUGUUACUUGGGUUUAGAAUGAGGAUAUUUAGGCUGUUUCUGGUGGGUCUUUGUUUUGUCUCCUCCUUGGGGCAGCUCCCUUCCCAGGAUAUUUUGGCGCUUCUCGAGUUCAAGAAAGGAAUCAAGCACGACCCAACGGGUUUCGUGCUUGAUUCAUGGAAUGAUGAAUCAAUUGAUUUCAAUGGGUGCCCUUCUUCUUGGAAUGGGAUUAUGUGUAAUGGUGGUAAUGUUGCGGCCGUUGUUCUUGACAAUCUAGGAUUGUCUGCAGACGCGGAUUUGAGUGUGUUCUCAAAUCUAACCAUGCUUGUAAAACUUUCAGUUGCAAACAAUUCCAUUUCUGGUAAGUUGCCGGACAAUCUCGGGGAGUUUAAGAGCCUUGAGUAUCUUGAUAUCUCCGACAAUCUGUUCUUCUCGUCAUUGCCAUCUGAGAUUGGUAAAUUAAUGAGUUUAAAAAACCUGUCACUAGCUGGAAAUAACUUCUCGGGCUCAAUCCCAGACGCAAUUUCUGGACUUGCCUCAAUCCGUUCUUUAGAUAUGAGCCGCAAUUCCCUUUCUGGCCCGUUGCCGUCGUCUUUGACAAGGUUGGGAGGUUUGGUGUAUCUUAAUCUGUCUCUAAAUGGCUUCACGAAAAGCAUCCCUAAAGGGCUUGAGCUGAUGACUCAACUUGAUGUGCUUGACUUACAUGGUAAUAGGCUUGAUGGUAAAUUUGAUCCUGAAUUCUUGCUACUUACUACAGCAAGUCAUAUUGAUCUUAGUGGGAAUUUGCUAGUCAGUUCUGCUAAGGAGCAGCAGAAAUUUCUCGUGGGUAUUUCUCCAUCUGUCAAGCAUUUAAAUCUCAGCCACAACCAGAUAGAAGGAUCACUCAUCAGCGGUGGUGAGGCCCAGACUUUUGGGAGCUUGAAAGUUUUGGAUUUGAGCUACAAUCAGCUCUCUGGAGAAUUACCUGGGUUCAAUUUUGUUUACGACCUUCAAGUCCUGAAACUUGGUAACAACAGAUUUUCUGGUCCCAUUCCUAACAACCUUUUGAAGGGAGAUUCUUUGGUGUUAACUGAGUUGGACCUAAGUGGGAACAACCUAUCAGGGUCCAUAAGUAUGAUUACGACAACAACAUUACACACCCUUAAUCUCUCCUCCAACAUGCUUUCUGGUGAAUUGCCGCUGUUGACGGGAAGCUGUGCUGUGAUUGACCUCUCAAAAAACCAAUUUGAAGGAAAUUUAACUAGGCUGCUGAAAUGGGGAAAUGUAGAAUUCCUUGAUCUCAGCCAGAACCAUUUGACAGGGUCCAUUCCAGAGGUAACUGCUCAAUUCUUGCGUCUGAAUUACCUUAACGCCUCUCACAAUUUCCUGAAUGGUUCUCUUCCAAAAGUCCUCACACUGUUCCCCAAACUCACCACCCUGGACCUCAGCUUCAACCAGUUGAGCGGUCCUCUUUUAACCACUCUUUUGACAUCAUCUACUCUUAAUGAACUUCACCUACAGAGCAAUAUACUCUCUGGAAGCAUUGAUUUUUCACCUCUCUCUAAUAAUUCCAACCUACAUGUUCUUGAUCUUUCUAACAAUCAGCUUAAUGGCUACUUACCUGAUUCAUUUGGAUCAUUAACCGGACUUCAAGUGAUCAAUGUUGGAGGAAACAAUUUCUCUGGUUCCCUGCCUACUUCCAUAGGUGAUAUCACUACCCUAAUUUCAUUAGACAUUUCGCGGAAUCAUUUCUCCGGGCAACUGCCAAGGAACUUGCCUGACAGUCUUCAAAGCUUUAAUGCAUCAUAUAAUGAUCUUUCUGGUGUUGUGCCUGAAAAUUUGAGGAAAUUUCCUCUAUCUUCCUUCUACCCUGGCAAUUCUGACUUGCAAUUCCCCAAUCCUCCUCCCGGCUCUAGUCAUGGUCCAGCUGGAAAUCCAAGUAAGAAACACUUCAGAACUAUCGUCAAAGUGGUGAUAAUAGUUUCUUGUGUGGUUGCUGUAAUCAUUUUGAUCCUUCUUGCAAUCUUCAUUCAUUAUAAACGGAUAUCAAAAAGGCCUUUGCCACAUGUAACCAACAAAGAUGUCAGCCGCCAAGCUUCGACAAAUCCUUCUAGCUUUGGGGGAAGAGACCGUGCUGGUGGCUUGGUUGUUUCAGCAGAGGAUCUUGUGACAUCUAGAAAAGGAUCGUCGUCGGAGAUAAUUAGUUCUGAAGAGAAAAUGGCAGCGAUUACUGGUUUCUCUCCAUCAAAGACCAGCCACUUCUCGUGGUCACCCGAAUCUGGUGAUUCAUAUACUGUAGAGAGCCUGUCAAGAUUGGAUGUCAGGUCUCCUGAUCGGCUUGCAGGUGAGCUGUAUUUUCUAGAUGAUACAAUCUCAUUUACGGCUGAGGAAUUAUCAAGGGCCCCAGCAGAAGUCCUUGGAAGGAGCAGCCAUGGAACAUCUUACAGAGCAACUCUGGACAAUGGUUUGUUCUUGACUGUGAAGUGGUUGAGGGAAGGAGUUGCAAAGCAGAGAAAGGAAUUUGCUAAAGAAGCUAAGAAAUUUGCAAACAUUAGACACCCAAAUGUGGUUGGGUUGAGAGGUUACUACUGGGGUCCCACACAACACGAGAAGCUUAUCCUUUCAGACUACAUAUCUCCUGGAAGUCUUGCGAGUUUUCUCUAUGAUCGGCCUGGAAGAAAGGGUCCACCCCUAACCUGGGCUCAGAGGCUCAAAAUAGCAGUUGAUGUUGCACGUGGCCUGAACUAUCUCCAUUUUGAUCGUGCUGUUCCCCAUGGAAACCUUAAAGCAACAAAUAUAUUACUAGAUGGACCCGAUUGUAAUGGGCGCGUAGCCGAUUACUGUCUUCACAGGCUGAUGACCCAAUCAGGAACCAUCGAACAAAUUCUUGAUGCUGGGGUUUUGGGCUACCGUGCCCCAGAACUUGCAGCGUCCAAGAAGCCCCUGCCAUCUUUCAAAUCAGAUGUCUAUGCUUUUGGAGUGAUUUUGCUGGAACUUCUCACAGGGAAAUGUGCUGGUGAUGUAGUUUCAGGUGCAGAUGGGGGAGUUGAUUUGACAGAUUGGGUGCGGUUGAGGGUGGCAGAAGGUCGAGGAUCAGAUUGUUUUGAUGCUGCAUUGACGCCUGAGAUGAGCAUCCCCGCGGCAGAUAAAGGUAUGAAAGAGGUCCUUGGAAUAGCUCUUCGAUGUAUUCGUUCGGUGUCGGAGAGGCCAGGAAUCAAGACAAUAUACGAGGAUCUCUCGUCCAUUUAGUUUUGAUGAUCAAAAUUCCAAGUGGGAAUCAAAUAGCUCAUUGACCUCCCUUUUUGAGUAGUUGAACUAGGAAGCUAGGGUUUGCUAUUUUUUCUUUCUUUUUGGUUCAGGCAUUGCUGUAAAUUGGGAGAUAUUUGCUGAUGUAUACCAGCCAGCUUUCCCCUCCAAUACGAUGGCAAGACUCUCUCUUGCCCUUGAGAAGGCUGACUGUUGCUCCUCAAACAAUGACCUCAAAGUUUUGAGUUUGCAUGCCAUUCCUUCCCCAAGAAGACAAUAAUGGUGUGCCUGUAGUUAAAAGCAAAUGUCCUCUGUUUAAUGUCGUA